AUGCAUUUCUCGAUCUGUUCAAGCUUUGCAACUAGCUUAGCUGGUUUACUAUUCUUUGGUACCUACACCAGCUCUACUCGCAUCCCUUUACCCUCCUGGACGGGAUGCCCCGUUGAUGGUCCCCUACUUCCCCGUCCAACGAAUCUGGGUCGGUCCCUUCAUAUCCAAAAUGCUACCGCCAGCCUAACUCAGGCUCUCAACUCCGCGAUACAAGGCAAAAUAAAACCAGGGUUUGAAGUCCACAACACAUCCUUUUCCGUUGCCCUUGUGUCUCCUUUUGACGAAGAGGCCAACGAUAGCAUAAUAUGGUCCUACCACCAUCUCGGCAAGAACAAUGUGAAUGGGACAAAGACCCUCAAUGAAGACUCGCAAUAUUUGAUUGGAUCUGUAUCGAAAGUCUUUUCAGAUCUCCUUUUACUUCAAUCGGAUGUUAAUCUGAGUGAUCCAGUCACCAAAUACCUUUCGGGGCUCGAUAGCAAUGGAACUCUAAUCAAGUGGAACAGCAUCACUCUAUCCGCUCUAUCCGACCAUCUGGCAGGAAUUCCAUCGAACUUACCUUCCUCCUUUGAAUCUUACUUUCUUCGGCCUACAUAUGAGCAGCUGGGCUUUCCGUUAGUUGGCAAUGAAAGCUAUCCUGAUUGUGGCGUUGCUGGACUCAGCCAUGCCUGCAAUAAACAGCAACUUAUCCAGAUGAUGAAUUCCGCUCUCCCAGCUCGGCUACCAUAUUCACAGCCAGUGUAUUCCACGCUGGCUUUCACGCUUUUCUCAAUGGCACUCGGCGAAAAGACUGGGAAGUCGUACGAUGAACUGCUAAAUGAAACCAUUAUUAUCCCGCUGGGGCUCACCAAUACGGGUGUUUCCCCCGGAGACAGCGACAGGGCAGUUAUACCCCCUCUGGACGAGAUGAGCCAAGGCUGGGGUGCUGACUAUGGGCUGAAUUCCCCGGGAGGUGGACUGUACUCUUCCUUGCGCGAUCUGUCAAUUCUGAUAGGAAGGAUUUUGGAUUAUACAAUCUUCCCAUAUCCUGACAUGACUCGGCAAUGGCUGAAACCACAAUCAAUGACUUCUUUACCCAGUAACCUUGUCGGUCGACCAUGGGAAAUCCAGCGCACUGACAAUCUUGUGCCCAAGAAUCCACACACGGUGGAUAUAUACGCUAAGAGUGGUGGGGCGAACGGUUAUGUCUCACAGAUCUCCGUGGUGGAUCAGUAUGGAGUCGGCUUUGUCGUAAUGACGGCCGGCCCUCGGGACGCCACUACCGCGUCCAUUCUGAAUGAAGCUAUCAUAUCUUCCCUAGUUCCGGCUACCGAUCAAGAGACUCGCGCACAGGCACAGAUGUAUACAGGCAACUACAAAAUCUCGACAUCCACCAGCUCGACAGCUACAACCCAGAGCAAUGCCACUGUUGCGAUAGAUCUCAAAAUUGAUGGUAGAACGGGCUUGAAGAUAGACUCUCUGACACGAAAUGGGUCUGACAUUCUCAAGGGAAUCUUAAAACUCUGGAACGAAAUGAUUCCACAGACCGGUAUUUUCAAUCCCGACUUUCGACUUUACCCGACCGCCAUCGAGAAUGAAGCUAAAGGCGAAGACAAUGUGGUGUUCGAAGACUGGCGCAUUAAUUUUGACAUUAUCCCUUCCGACAAUGCUGCCAUGUCAGACCUACCCGGACAAGGAAAGCUAUCAAAUUUAUGCUCCUCUUGGCAGAUGGCCGCUUGGCUCUACUAUGGGGGCGAAGCAUUGGACCGAGUCGUUUUCAAGAUAAACCAUACUGAAGGUCGGGCGAUCGGCGUUGAUAUCCCCUUCUUGCGCAGCGCUGUGCUUGAAAAAGCCUGA